GGAGCGACUUGAGGCGUGGCCCUACGAGCCGACUCCGCCCCCUUGUUCCGGCUAGAGGCGGGCAGGAGCGCCGCUCAGCAGCCAGUGGUUUCCCACGCGUGCUGCGACUCUGAAGACUUGCACGCCCACCACCCCGCAGGAUGGCCGCGAAGAAGAUCGCGAUAUUCGGCUCCACCGGCAGGACCGGGCUCACCACCCUGGCGCAGGCGGUGCAAGCAGGUUAUGAGGUGACAGUACUGGUGCGGGACUCCUCCCGGCUGCCGUCGGAGGGGCCCCAGCCGGCCCACGUGGUAGUGGGUGAUGUGCGGCAGGCAGCCGAUGUGGACAAGACUGUGGCUGGGCAGGAUGCUGUCAUCGUGCUGCUAGGCACCGGCAACGACCUCAGUCCCACUACAGUGAUGUCCGAGGGUGCCCGGAACAUUGUGGCAGCCAUGAAGGCUCAUGGUGUGGACAAGGUCGUGGCCUGCACCUCGGCCUUUCUGCUGUGGGACCCAGCCAAGGUGCCCCCGCGACUGCAGGACGUGACCGAUGACCACAUCCGGAUGCACAAGGUGCUGCAGGAGUCAGGCCUGAAGUACGUGGCUGUGAUGCCACCACAUAUAGGAGAUCAGCCGCUAACUGGAGCCUACACAGUGACUCUGGACGGACGAGGGCCUUCGAGAGUCAUCUCCAAACAUGACCUGGGCCACUUCAUGCUGCGCUGCCUCACCACCAAUGAGUAUGAUGGGCACAACACCUACCCCUCCCACCAGUACGACUAGGACUCUGGUCCUGUCUGGGAGGAUGGCGUUUGGGGAUGUGAGGAACAAAGGAAUGGAGCAAUAAAUUUUGAGCCAAGAGCUUCAGAUUAUUCUCGAG